AGUUUGUUUUGGUUAGCGCUAGACUCCUAUUUCAUUAUCAACGGCUAUCGUUUACUAUCAGUCUGUUUUACACUCAAAGUGAAUCUGACGUCUUACUGAGCUGAAUAUAAAAUGUCGAAGAUCACUCCGAACCCAGCUAAAGCGUUAUUGAGGACGGAGAUAGCUGCUCGCAUCGCAGCACUAUCUACAGAAGAGAAGAACCGUCAGUCUAAGAUAGUUUACGACAAGAUAAUUAACCACCCAUGGUACAAAUCAGCGAACCGUAUUUCACUAUACAUGAGCACAGACCAGGAGAUCAACACCGCCCCCAUCAUCAGCCACAUCAAGCAGCGAGGAGCUAAAGCCUUCGUCCCACAGUAUGCUGGUGGAAAGAUGAGGAUGCUGCUUCUCGAAGAGAAUGAUGAUGAGAAUACCAUGUUUAUCACUAGACAUGGCAUCGCACAGCAUGCGAAGGAUCAGAAAAGAGAAGAUGCUGUUGAAACUGGUGGACUGGACCUGGUGAUAGCUCCAGGAGUGGCGUUCUCCAAAUCCGGAGACAGAUGCGGUCACGGAGGGGGCUACUAUGAUAAGUUCCUUACUGGCCUUAGGAGUAACCCGGAAACCGCACCCAAGGUUGUAGCAGUAGCCUUCAACUGCCAGGUGAUAGACGACGUACCAACCAACGAACAAGACCAAAAAGUGGAUGAAGUUAUUUACGCUGAAUAAAUUUUACGAUAGAACUUUAUAUUAUCUAUGUUACUUUAAUUAUAUCUGUUUAUUAUUAUCUAUCAAUAUUACGAAGAGUUUUCUUUCCUAAUCAUCCACUAAAGAUAUUAU